GGCCGGGGCCCCGGGGCUGAGCGGGGCGGCGGCGCCGGCCGGAGGGAAGACAGGAUGUUCCAGUCCAUGAUGUCUGUGAUGAGAUUCUCCAUGUCUGACAACAUCACACAUUCGACUUCCCCCGUGACAGCACCGGAUAAUGUGACAACUCUGUCCCCGAUGGCAACGCAGGCGGUCAACGACACGAACAUCACUGUGCCACACAAGUGCCUGUUGUUGCUCUAUGAGGACAUUGGGAAGUCCAGAGUCCGCUACUGGGAUCUUCUGCUCCUGGUUCCCAAUGUGCUUUUCUUUAUGUUUCUUCUCUGGAAGCUGCCCUCUGCCAGGGCCAAAAUCCGGGUCACUUCCAGCCCAAUCUUCACUACAUUCUACAUACUAGUAUUUGUGGUGGCUUUAGUUGGUAUUGCCCGUGCUGUUGUCUCCAUGACCGUGAGUGCCUCUGAUGCUGCCACAGUUGCUGACAAGGUAGAUCCUGUGGAGAUCACAAGGUUCUUCCUUCUGGCGAUUGAGCUGAGUGUGGUGAUUCUAGGCCUUGCCUUUGGUCACCUGGAGAGCAAGUCAAGUGUGAAACGUGUACUGGCAAUCACUACUGUGCUGUCUCUGGCAUAUUCUGUCACCCAGGGCACCCUGGAAAUCCUGUACCCUGAUGCCCACCUCUCAGCAGAAGACUUCAACAUCUAUGGCCAUGGAGGGAGACACUUUUGGCUUGCCAGCUCCUGUUUCUUCUUUCUGGUCUAUUCCUUGGUGGUGAUUCUUCCAAAAACUCCUCUGAAAGACCGGAUUUCUUUGCCCUCCCGGAAGAGUUUUUAUAUUUAUGCUACCAUCCUGGCACUGCUGAACCUGGUGCAGGGCCUGGGCAGUGCCCUGCUCUGUGUGGAUAUCAUAGAAGGACUGUGCUGUGUUGAUGCUACCACGUUCCUUUACUUCAGCUUUUUUGCACCUCUCAUCUAUGUGGCAUUCCUGAAAGGCUUCUUUGGGUCUGAACCGAAGAUCCUUUUCUCCUACAAAUGUCAGGUGGAUGAACCUGAGGAUGUGGAUGUGCACCUACCCCACCCUUAUGCUGUUGCCAAGAAGGAAGGAAUGGAUUCUGCAUUCUACUCGAGCACUCAGAUUGACACCACAGCCUACCUGGAUGACGUGGCCUCCAUGCCAUACCACGUGGGCAGCAUCAACAGCAUAGACAGUGACCGCUGGAAAGCCAUCAAUGCCUGAGGCAGGGCACCUGCUUCACAUGAUUGUCUCAUUCCUUUCCUUCCAAACUCCCUGAUACCACAGCUGUCCACUGGAAAUCUGUCCUUGGCUAUCUGCCGUGGCUUUCUUCUUUUCCUUAGGAUUUCCAAAACCUAUUGUGGAACUAAGUUGGCAGCCCAAACCCUUUUGGAAAGAACGUUUUCUCUUGCUACCUGAGAACAGUUUUGUUCAUAUUCCUGUAAACACUGAACUUCCCUGAUCCUCUGUGUUCCAGAUGUGAAUAUGAUUCAGAAGACAGCCCUGGCUGGCACCUCUUCCUUUUCAGUGGCUGAAAGCACUUGUCUGCCAAUAAGGGGAAUGUUGUUUAGGGAUGAGGGUGUUGAUUUGACUGCUGUAUUGUACAUAUAUAGAAAGAAUUUGAUGGUUGAAACCAAAGAUGGUCUUCCUGGGCUUUUUCAGGCAGCAUGGCUGCCUGUGUCCUGCCAUAAUGCAACAGCAUAGGUGAUGAUAGCAGUGUCUGAAGAGGGAAACUGGUCACUGGGGCUCAUCCCUGGUUGCAGCUAAUGCUGGUGGAAAUCGUGAAUUGAAGUUGCUAGUGGUUGAAAGGAGUGUUCUGAGUGUGUGGGCAAAAAGAAGCAUGAAGAGGAAUGAACUGUUCCCUGUGCCUGGGGAGCAUUUGGGGGAGGCUGGUAGCUCACAGCAUGGAUGUGAAGUGACUGAACAGUAGGGAGACAGAAGGACAGACAGUGCUGCUGUCUAGCUGAGCUGAAGGAGCUGUGAAACAGUCUGUGGAGGCUGUAGUGCUGUGCUUUUGAGCUCACAGGAAAAUCUAAUUAACAACAUUGAGUCAGGGCUGAGUUUCAAGAAUAAAAUCUGUGACGUAAGUGCAUUUGUACCCUGCUUCAUGGCUCUGGCAGGGGCUUGGAGAUUGCUAGGAAGGAGGAAGCUGACUCUGCAGAUGAAGGCUCCAGAGAUGUUCAGGUGCUUGAGGCAGAGCAGAAGCCCAUGAUUAGUCCGAGCUGUCAGUAUUUAGUGACUAGGAACUCUCAAACACCUUAGGUGUGCUAGAAUCGAACUGGCUGGUGUGCUAUGGUGGGAGACAAGUGGGAGAUGGAUGUGUUUCUUUGAGAGUGUCCUCUGAUGUUGCUGUUCAGGUCCCCAGAUUUUUGCUGAUCUGAGAAAGUUUAUGGCUCAAUAUGUUGAAAACACUUACAUGCAUGUGGAAAGCAGUUAAUUUAAAGACUGUUUUGAACUUCUUAUUAACCUCUUCCAUGCUGGAAAAGGGACUAUCAUCUGAGCAUGCGGUUUCAAGACGUGUGUUCCAAUCCAGGGACUGUUCAUCUGAAAGCUGCAUCAGUUUGGUUUCUCGGGUGUGCUGUGCUCUCCAAGGAUGAAGAUGUGUAUUCUCUAGUUUUGGAGGUGCUUUCCUACUUGAGUCCUCUUGGUAGGUGGAGAUCUGCUAUAAGCAAUAGCAACUUUUCUCUAGAGGUGGUAGAAAGAGGGAAUUUGAAAUACUGGGGACCGUGUGAAUCUCUUGCCCAACUUACUGCUGUUCUUGAAGAAUAUUGAGGUAAGAGUUGCUGGGAAAUUGUCAUGCAGGGUGCAGCAUGGAGGUGUUAGUUUGGAUCAUGAGCAGGUUGUGGAAAGCAUUUGCUACCAGGUGUUCCCACCAUAGGGAAAGAAAACAUGGGUAAGAACACGAAGCUCAUAUUGGUUGCUAAACUAUGCAGGCCCUUUUCUUAUCUUAUUUGUUAAUGAGCAAUGCAGCCUCUCUGUCUGCCUGUGGACUUUGCCUGCAGGCCUCUAAGUAGCACUAGCACCUUGAAAACAAACAAUGCUUCCCCCUCACCACUUUUUUGUUUUAUUUCAUUUUUGAUGAAAAAAGGCUUCCAUUUGUCUGUGUCUGAGAGUGGAGUUGUCUCCUAUAGGUCACAGCCUUUCACGUUUCCCUUCCAUGCAAUGAGUGUGUAAGGGCUGGACAAACACUGGCCAAGUCAGCCCUUGGCAUGUUAGAGAAGUGUUCCAGGCUCCUCUGUCACUGCUGUCAGUUGGCCUGAGCCACGCUGGACUGCUUGCUCUGAAAGGGAUGGAUGACAUGGUGCCUGAAUUGUCCUGCUGCUGCUCCUACUGCUGCUUUACAACACUGAUCCCAAGCUGCUGUUCCUUAGAAAGGGUGGGGAAACCUGUAAAGCUUCCCUGGAGUUGGUGGGCCUUGGACAGAGCUGAGAUACGAAGGUCUCAAAGCAGUUGGGAAACAAAGGAGCAAUGGCUUUUUCAUCCCAAGGAGUUUUUGCUGACUUUCAGCAUCCUGUCUGAGGACUUAUCUGCCCUCCUUGGCGAUGUGAUAUGAAAACAGGUUAUGAAUUUGUCAUUUUACCAGCUGAAUUCAGUGCUGAAGGAUCACCUGUGCUGGUGGUCUACACAUCCAUCCUGUCCUUUGCUGGCAGGACUUCAGUAUUUCUAGAGUGUCCCAUAUUCUGCUGCUGAGGAGUUCUGCACUAGGUCAUGGACUGACCUUCCCCCUGUUGUAUAUUUAUGUAUAUAAUGCUUUGGGCCAUUUCAAAGUUCUGAGCAGAAGAGUGUUAUGUGUGGGGGGGGUGGUAAAAGAGAGAAAAUAUAGAAUAAAUGUAUAUUUUUGUUUGUAAAAUAAAAUUAAGUUUGGCAUAAUUGGUCAUACUUUAUUUCUGAAAUGAGACAUAUUGUGGAGAAAAAAUAACUUGCAGAUUUAAAAAAAAAUUCUGAACAAAUAUUGCAGAUAAUAAUGGAAUAACAUGAUGUCCUUUUGUCAGAGAUGGAUUUUUCCUUCUUGGAAGGCUAUUACUAGGCCAGGUGAUGACUGUGCAGAGAGUGGUCUCCAGAUUUAAGUAACUGUCAGUGAAACCUUUGACUCCUCAGUAACUAGGUGUUGCUGUUCUGGGCAUGUCUAGCACUGGGGCCUUUGCUAUAGGAUAUUUUUCUCUGUUGCUUGGGUAAAGCCUUAUGUGGAAGUUGGAAAUGACUCUUGCUUAUUUCUUAUUCUGGGCUUUGAAAUAAACCCUGUGUGUCAGGACA